GAGGCGAGUCAGACUAUUAGCAGAGUAUCAGCGCUGCACAAGCAAGUCAAACGCCUCUGGAUUACUUUCUACACAGACUUCUAAAGCCAGCCUGAGAGUACUUCAACACAGAUUUCAGCCACGAUGCAACUGAUUCUGCAGUCAAUCUUCUGCUGCUGCCUGCUGGCCACCGUUGCACCAAGUGCGGACAGUGCAAAACACGACCUGAAAAGAAGUGUCCGGCUGCAGAGAUCAAAAAGGGAUUUGAGCCUUGCUGCACUGAGGACUUUAGACAACAGCCAGUUUGUCAGAGAGGACGAUGUCAAAGACAACUUGAGGCCACGUUCCAGCACUGGCAUCAGCAUAAGGACAAAACGCUCCAAGAACUCCAUCAACCAGUCCAGGAGAGCGGGCUGCUCGCUGGGCACCUGCACGGUGCAUGUUCUGGCACACCGUAUCCACGACCUCAACAACAAGCUCAAGAUCGGGAAUGCACCCGCGGACAAGAUCAACCCCUUCGGGUACGGCCGGCGGCGAAGGUCCGUUCCAGAGAAAGUACUGACACUGAGACGGGAGGGGAAAGGGCUGAGGACGGAGUGGAGAAGCUCAAACUCUCAGUCACGCCUGCACAGGUUAGAAGCGCUACUCAGACGGACGUGAGCGCACAGAGCGGGAGCUCUCCGGGACGCGGCCAAAUAUCAAAUUCUACAAAUGCCUCAGACUCCUGCCAAGAGUUCUCCAGCGCAUUCUUUUCCAAGCACAGGAGCUGGAAGAGCAAUCUUGACUCCUGAAGGCAGUCCUCGGAGGAGAAAACGUCCAAGAGAAGCGCAGAAACAACAAUAGUGUGCCUUGGAUAUCAUUGCACUGAAGUGGACUGGCCUCAGGGAAAAGCAGAACCUCCUGGACUGCCCUCCUGGUGAACCAGUCGGUGGGAUUACGGCCCCGAGUUUAGCUGUGUCUGUCCAGUGACUGUGUCGGACUUCAAGCCAAUUCAACAGGGAAAGAUUCAUGAUUCUAGAAAGGAAUACACAGAGAGAAAGAGACUUUUUUAAAUGCCAAUGAAGGUGUUUCUAAUGUGGAAUCACAUUUUUGGACACUGUAAGCAAGAUGAAUGCCUUUGAUUAUAUGGAUUGUCUGUGCCAGUCCACGAGGAUUGUAUUCGAACUUACUUGAACACUGUUAUUGUUAUUAUUUGUAUAGAGAUAUGUGCAAUCUAUUUCUUUUUUUUAUCGCAAGUAUAUGUAUAUUUGAAAACAAAAAUGGUCAAAGAUAUCACUAUUUAAUAGUUUUAUAUUACUUUAUACUACUUACAGAGAUAGAGCUAUUUUUGUACGGGGGAAAAAAUAAGGGCAUUGAAGGUAGCGUUAUUAUAUAUAUUAUUCAUUUAUGUCAAGGAUGUCUCAAGCUGUUGUAAUAGGAUAACGUUUUAUGCAAUUAUAUAUUUGUAAAUUGAAUCUAUUUUAUUUGUGUGUGCGUGCGUGCGUGUGUGAUUGAGUGUGAAAUGAAUUACUGUUGUCAUUCAAUAAACUUUUGCAUACAGUUAAA